AUGGGCCCCAGUUCCUCCAAGUUCUUUUCUCUUCUUCUACUAUCCAUCGUCAUUGUCUUGGAUACAUGUCGCGCUGACCUGUUCACAGACAUAAUCACAGGGUUCGAGGGAGCCACGGACUGCUCGUCUUGUCAAUCGGUGCUCUUGCCACCGCUCCAGACGUUGGCCAAUCAGGGAGAUGCAAAUUUCACCGUGACGAUGACGGAAGUUUGUGAGGCGCUCCAGCUUGCAGACGUUGAAGUUUGUUCGGGGACAUUCAGCAGGACAGGAUUGAUCCUUUCUCAUGGUCUGCGUGGGUUUUCGCCCAAUGGGACGACCGCGGUCAAAUUUUGCAAUGCGGUCUUUGGGCUCUGCCAGCAACCACCGGUCACGCCGUUCCACGUCUCUUUUCCCAAGCCUGCACCCUCGGGGACGAAGUUCAUCUCGAGAGGAAGACCACCUUUUCAGGUAUUGCAUAUCUCAGAUGUCCACAUAGAUAGAUUUUACACCGUUGGCGCUGAUGGAAACUGCUCCGAGUCCAUUUGCUGCCGCGAUCCAGUCUCUAAUAUGUCCGUCCCCGUGGCGGUUAGCGACCCAGCGGGCCCGUUUGGAAAUACGAACUGCGACAGUCCCGUCUCGCUCUCUCGGAGCUUGUUGGGAGCCAUGAAUGUGAUUGGUAUAGAUGCUAAAUUUUCGAUUUUUACUGGGGAUGUGGUGGAGAGGGCGACGUGGAGUGUUGACCGGAGCGAGGUGAUGAGUGACCUAGUAGAUUGGAAUGAAGAGAUGACGAAGUUGUUAGAUAUGCCUAUCUACCCGGCGCUAGGAAACCAUGAUUCUGCCCCCGUCAAUAGCUUCCCACGUAAAAUUUCUGCCACUAAUCCUAACAUCACCAGCGCCCAGUUUGUCUUCGAUACGCAAAGUGCGGGGUGGGAGGGACUCAUUGGCCAAGUGGCAGCGAACCAAGUAGAACAUGAUUCUGGUUCAUAUUCUGUUGUCCAUCCGGGGACCAAUCUUCGAAUCAUCUCAAUGAAUACGCAAUACUGGUAUAUCCAGAAUUACUGGCUCUACGAUACCGACGAACAAAUACCGGACCCGAAUGGACUCUUCGCGUUCCUGGUUUAUCAACUCCAGGAAGCUGAGGAGGAAGGCCAGCGAGCGUGGAUCAUAGGACACAUACCAUCUGGGAAGGCUGAUUUUCCGCAUGAUCAGUCAAAUUAUUACGACCAAAUCAUCCAGAGGUAUAAGAACACUAUUUCGGCCCAAUUUGCGGGGCAUAGCCAUGUGGACGAAUUCCAAAUCGCGUACUCUGACUACAAUAAUCAGACUGCUAAGACAGCGGACAGUGUCAUCUUCGUCGGACCUGCACUUACCCCACAGAGUGGUAAUCCGGCGUUCAAACUGUACGAUAUCGACCCGGAUACGUAUGAGGUAUUGGAUGCGAAGGUGUUUAUGGCCAACAUCACCGACCCGACUUUCCAAACUUCUGGCCCGACCUGGGAACUCUACUAUUCCGCCCGUGACUCCUACGGCCCACUCGUCUCCGCAUUCACCAAUACCACACUGUCACCGGCCGACCCUCUCAACGCAUCCUUCUGGCAUGUUCUUACUGAAGUCUUCGCCUCGAACGGAACCGCAUUCCAGGAAUGGAACACCAGGAAGAGCAGAGGCGGGAGUGUGGGUUCUUGUACGGGGAGUUGCGUGACGAAUAGUGUUUGCGAUAUGAGGGCCGCAAGGUCUGAGAAUAACUGCGUGAGCAGUCAUUUCCUCUGCGUCUUCUGA